UUCUAGCCCCGCCCCCCUGCCCUGUUCUACGCCGCGGGGGACGCGCGAGCGCCCCCUCCCUCCGCGUCGUCUCCAGGCACGUGACCCCACCCUGGAACGUGGCAUUGUGUUAUCACGUGACCUGGCAACGGAGUGGUGGGGGCCGAGAGGCCGAGGCAGCAGGGGGGGUUGCGUACGCGACAGAGCGGGGUGCGAAGAUGGCGGACGAGGAAGCUGAGCAGGAGAGCGGCAGCCUAGGUGGCGACCUCCUGGAGAUGCAGCGCCUGCGGGAGCGGCUGGUGGAGCUAGAGACGGGGCUGCGGGAGAGCCCCGAGCCCCCGGUGCAGGCGGCUACCGAGUACUGCACGCAGCUCUGUCAGACUUUGCUGGAAUAUGCACAAAUGUGGAAAACAUUGGAAGACCCUCUCCCCCUGCUGGAGGUGUAUACAGUGGCUAUCCGAAGUUAUGUUAAAGCGCGACCUUACCUUACCUCUGAGUGUGAAAAUGUAGCCUUUGUGCUUGAACGUUUAGCAUUAAGCUGUAUUGAACUUCUACUGUGUCUGCCUAUUGAUUUUCCUGACAAUAAAUGGGAAGAAUUUCACGCUUUUGUGCAGCUUGCUCACAAAAGCUUGAUGGAAAAUGGCAGCCAGGAACUGCAGAUUUUAACUACUCUUACCCAAGAGAAGGGAGCAUGGAAGAACCCAGUGUUGUGUGGUAUUCUUUCCCAGGAACAGUUGGAUCCAGAUAAAGUGAAUGACUUUUUAGUGUUUGAAGGCCCUAUACUGCUGGAUAUGCGCAUUAAGCACCUGAUGAAAACAAAACAAAUACCACAGGCUACGGUCCUGGCAAAACUCUGCUCUGACCAUGCAGAAAUCAGCGCAAAAGGCAAUUUUAAGCAAACCUACCUGGUCUGUCUUUGCUCAGGAUCACCAAAUGAAAAGCUAAUGGAAGAAAUCUCAGAAGUGGAUUGCAAAGAUGCUCUAGAAAUGAUCUGUAACCUAGAAUCUGAUGGAGAUGAAAAAAGUGCUCUGAUUUUAUGUGCAGCAUUUUUAUCUCGCCAGCUGCAGCAAGGAGAGAUGUACUGUGCCUGGGAACUGACUCUUUUCUGGAGUAAACUGCAGCAAAGGGUAGAGCCUUCUAUUCAAGUGUAUCUAGAGAGAUGUCGUCAACUUUCUGUGUUAACUAAGACUGUUUAUCACAUUUUCUUCCUGAUUAAAGUAAUUAAUUCUGAGAUUGAUAGUGCUGGACUUGCGACCUGCAUUGAACUGUGUGUGAAAGCACUGCGCUUGGAAUCCAGUGAAAAUGCAGAUGUCAAGAUAUCUAUUUGCAAGACUAUCUCCUGCCUGCUUCCAGAUGAUUUGGAGGUCAAACGUGCUUGUCAGCUGAGUGAAUUUCUUCUUGAACCCACUGUGGAUGCAUAUUACGCUGUUGAAAUGCUAUACAAUCAGCCUGACCAAAAGUAUGAGGAAGAGGAUCUUCCAAUACCAAAUUCUUUGCGCUGUGAACUAUUACUUGUACUGAAAACUCAGUGGCCUUUUGAUCCAGAAUUCUGGGACUGGAAAACUCUGAAGCGUCAGUGUCUGGCACUUAUGGGAGAGGAGGCGUCCAUCGUGUCAUCAAUAGAUGAACUAAACGAUAGUGAGGUUUAUGAGAAGCUUGAGGAUUGCCAAGAAGAUACUAAAGAAGCUUCUAUGAAUGGACUUGCUGGCACUUUUGAUGAAGCUACAAGUCUUCUUAAUGAUAUUGGAGAUGAAAAGCAGAAGAAGAGAGAAAUUAAAAAACUCAGAGAGAGGGGGUUCAUAUCAGCUAGAUUUAGGAACUGGCAAGCUUAUAUGCAGUAUUGCGUGUUAUGUGACAAAGAGUUCCUAGGACAUAGAAUAGUCAGGCAUGCACAAAAACAUUAUAAAGAUGGAAUUUACAGUUGCCCUAUUUGUGCCGAAAAUUUCGAUUCUAAAGAAAACUUUGUUCCCCAUGUAACUCUGCAUGUUAAAAAUUCCAGCAAGGAGAGACUGGCUGCUAUGAAACCACUGAAAAGACUGGGAAGACCUCCUAAAAUAGCAACUGCCAAUGAGAGUCAGAAAACUGAUCCUGUAUCUAAACAGGAGCAGCGACCCAUUAAGAAGAACAGUCUUUAUUCAACAGACUUUAUUGUGUUUAAUGAUAAUGAUGGCUCAGAUGAUGAAAACAAUGACAAAGAUAAACCUUACGUACCAGAUAUAGUGCCAGUUCAGAAGCCUCUCCCUGUUAAUGAAUUCACCUGCCCUGUAUCAUUUUGUAAGAAAGGUUUUAAAUAUUUUAAAAACCUCAUAGCACAUGUGAAGGGACACAAAGACAAUGAAGAAGCGAAACGUUUUCUUGAAAUGCAAAGCAAAAAAGUGAUUUGCCAGUACUGUAGACGACAUUUUGUGAGUGUUACUCAUCUGAAUGAUCACUUACAAAUGCACUGUGGCAGCAAGCCUUAUAUAUGCAUUCAGAUGAAAUGCAAGGCUGGUUUUAAUAGUUAUGCUGAGCUGCUGACGCAUAGGAAAGAACACCAAGUCUUCAGAGCAAAGUGUAUGUUUCCUAAAUGUGGCAGAGUGUUCUCCGAAGCCUAUUUACUCUAUGAUCAUGAAGCACAACACUAUAAUACCUUUACAUGCAAAGUCACAAGCUGUGGAAAAGUAUACCGUUCUCAGAACGAACUGGAAAAGCAUGUUGAGGACCACAGCAAGCAACCUGAAGUGGUGCAGCAGCCUGAAGCAGUGCAGCAGCCUGAAAGCCAGACUAACGAGCCUGAUCUCAGACAACAUGCUAAUGCUAAUGAAAAUACUGACGGAGUUGCUGUUAAAGAGGAAUUGACACCUCUUCCGGCUGACAACCCAAGUACUUUUACCGAAGGAGAAAACAUUGUGUGGAAUGAAGUCAAAGCAGAACCAGCAGGGAAUGAAAGUAUAAAUGCAUCAGCAAUUGUGCUGCAGCAAAGCAGUUCCUUGCCUAACGAUGCAAGUUUCGAGAAGUCUCUUACAGGUCCAGUGAAGGCAGCAGUGGUGAUUCCAGCAAGCAGGAUUAAGGUGCCUGUUGUUAACCUAAAGAUCCAAGAUGACCUUGUAAAAAGAGGUAAAUUGGCUGCUGUUGCCAGCAGAGUAGAGACCACUAAACCUGAAACCCAGCAGUUGUGCACGUUGGCUGACCCUUGUCUUCCAGGUUUCCAAGAGAGAAAGGAAGGAGAUUGUCUCAGCCAGACUCACAAUAUUCAGAAUAUUUCUGUGACCUCAGACACGCUAAAACCAGAAGCCCUUGAAUCAAAGAGCUUAGAAAGACAAGUGAACGUUGUAAAUCCAUUCAGUGUGCAGAAUCAGGCGGGGUAUCGAAACACUGUACCCAUUUCCAAACUUGAAAUUGAAGGCAGCAUGAAGGCUUCAGUUAAUCUAUAUAACCUGCCUUUAAAAACCUUAGAAAGUAUUACAUUUAUUCCUUCACAGCCUAACAUAAAUAGCUCUUUGGUUCCGGCUGCAUCACCAGCAGCCCCAGUUCGGAAAUACACUUGUCCAGUCGAUGGAUGUACUCGAACAUACAAUUCGUCACAGAGUGUUGGCAAACAUAUGAAAGCAGCACACCCUGAAGAAUAUGUUGCUUUUAAACUGCAGUAUAAAAAUAAGAAACCAAGAAAAUCCGUCGGUAUGCAAAAUGUGCCGAAUGAUGGUAAGAUUGUUUAUCUUGUGCCCACAAAAGUGGCCAAUCACAGUGGUGCUGCUGUAAUUGCACAGAACAAACCUAACUUGAAUCCUACCGAUUCCAGUCAAGUGCAACCUGUCUCAAGUGCACUUUUCCCAACCCACCUAGAAAAUUUGGCCAAUCCUGUGUUGCCUUCAGUGGGAAGUGUCAUAAACCCAAGUUUGUCUGCUCCUAUUAAAAGUGAGCCUGAGAGUGUUUUAUGUUCACCAAUGGAAAAUCUGUCUGGUGCAACUUCACCUUCCCAGCUGGAUGAUCUAGCAAAAAAAGUUAUGCCUCUGAAUAUUGACGGUGGUUCCGAUCCUUUUCUUCCUUUACCUGCAGAAAAUGGUCCAAUGUCUCUCUUUCCAUCGACAGAAGAGAAUCCUCCGAAUUCAGUCUUCUCACAAGUAGAAAAUAACACAAAUAACUUUUCAUCACAACUAGAAGGAAACAGUAGCUCUGCUUUCACAAAAGAGGAGACUGUGGUUCAGCUAUUUCCCUCACGACUGGGUAAUGAAAAUAACUUCAUUGAAACCAGUUCUCAAGAUCCAGCUUCAGAAAAGGUGAAAAAAGAUCAUGUCCGGAACCUAAAUAGGAAAGAAAGGAAGCCAAAACAUAACAAGCGGGCCAAGUGGCCAGCAAUAAUUAGGGAUGGCAAAUUUAUCUGUAGUAGGUGCUUCAGAGUUUUCACUAAUCCUAGAUCACUUGGUGGUCACUUAUCUAAGAGGUCUUAUUGUAAGCCUCUUGAAGGAGCAGAAAUUUCUGCAGAAGCUCUGCAGGCCAAUGGACAGUCUCUGCUUGCCAGCAUGAUUGUUUCCUCAAGUUCAUUAAAUUUGCAGCAACCCCAGGAAUCAGCCUUCAAUCCAGAGACGUGUUUUAAAGAUCCAUCAUUCCUCCAGUUACUUGCUACUGAAAAUCAUUCCACAGCCUUAUUGAAGACUGUGUUUCCACAGGCCAGUGUGACUAACUUUAAUACUGGUGGGAAUGAGGAAGGAAAUCAGAUUAUGAAACAAGCCUUGGAAACCGCAGGCAUCCCGAGUACCUUUGAUAACACAGAAGUGCUUCCACACAUAGUUGCAACAAGUUGCAUCACUGCUACAACUCAGAUAAAUGCAGCUGUUCUCCCCAGCUCAACCAUGUCUCCUCUGGUGCAGCCAGCCGGUAACCCCAGUAUCCUGCUUACUGACCAAAACAGUACCCUCAACACCAGACCCCGUCAAAUAGUGUGCAGGCGUUUGCCUGUUUUUGCAAGAGGGGACACAAAGCUAAGCAGAUUUGAAGAAGACUUCCUCGGUCCUGACUUAUGUUUAGAACUUCUUCCACCACUGCGAAACAUUGCAGUGGACAUUUCAGAAGAUUCAGCUAUUAGUAGUCCUGAGGAUACAGUAUCAAUUAACUUGAAUAAGAAGGAAACCAGUGCUUCAGAGAAGAAGAAAAAAGAAACUAUGCCUUUGCUUGCGCCCAACACAUCACCAAAAGUAGCAGUAAAUAAUACAGUGGUAGGACUUCUAAACAAAAGCACUGAAGAAAACGUGCAAAUGCAGAGAGAAGGUUUUCAGUCCAACUUGCUAGCCAAUUGCGGCUCUCAAGUGGUGGAAGACCUCGCACAGAAACUCAACAAUGUUGACAAUCAGUCAUUAAUGACCAGUAUCAAAGAGAACUUCAAAACAGAUCUCGAGGCUCAUACAACACUCCCACCUUUAACAGUAAAAAAUGAAAAUGGGGAUUCUGAAAUGGUGGCUGUAAAUUCUUGUGUGGAAGCAAAUUCAGAGAAGAGGAUUUCAAAAGAGAGUCUUCUGCAGAACUUUGAAAAAACUCUGGAAAUGCUUAAAGCUGCUUUGAAUACAGACAUACUUGAGGUGAAAACUGAAGUUCAGGAUACUGUUCAGGAUACUUCAGAACAGAAGUCACAAAUAAAUAACGCACAGGCUUCUUUAGGAGAUCCUGCACAUGGUGUAAAACUGCCGCAGUUUGCCGUGCAUGUGGGGAAUGUCAGUGCUGCACAGAGUAGCUCUGCUCAGUCUGAAGUGUCUCAAAAGGAUGAUACUCAAAUGUUGGAAAUUACGGAGCGCUUGCAAAAACUGAAACUAGAUGACGAUCCACCCAUUCCAGCCUCCCAGACUGUUUCCCAGUGUCCUCCAGCACAUACGGUAGCACCAGGAGUUCCUGUUGUAUCGACUGAAAAUAAAACCCUCUUCCAGCUGUCUGCAGAGGCAAGUAACAUUCAGUUCAGUGAUAAAGUUAAUAAGCCUUUUGUAUGUCAGGAUCCAGGCUGCAGUUACAGUGCUAUGACGAAAGACGCGUUAUUUAAACACUAUGGCAAGAUUCAUCAGUACACUGCAGAAAUGAUACUAGAAAUUAAGAAGCAUCAACUGAAGUAUGCCCCGUUCAAAUGUGUUGUAGCUACCUGUCCAAAAACCUUCACAAGAAACUCUAAUCUCAGAGCACAUUGUCAGCUUGUACAUCAUUUUACGACAGAGGAGAUGGUGAAAUUAAAAAUUAAGAGGCCUUAUGGCAGAAGAUCUCAGAAUGAGACCAUAAACACAGCCCCACGGCCUGUUGAAAUAAAAACUUUGCAUCCACUAACAAUAGGAACCAAAACUGCAGCUCCAUUGAUCAAAGAAGCUCAGACAAAGGAAGUCCUAGAGCCUGUAAUAGUCUUGGAAAAACUUUUACCAGAGAACAUUCCUGAAAGACUGGAAAAACCGCCCCAAGUGAUUUCUGUUCUACCAGAGCAACAUAAUGCAGUCUCUUCUGGUAAUACACAGGCAGAAGCCAAAUUACACAAGGUUAGGAGGUACGGGACGGAAAAAGAGGACAGAAAACAUAGGAAGCCUGUACCAAAGUCUCCGGAGUUUCCCACUAGAUACAGCCCUUACAGACCCUACCGAUGUGUCCAUCAGGGCUGCUUCGCAGCUUUUACAAUACAGCAAAACCUAAUCCUUCAUUACCAAGCUGUGCACAAAUCGGACCUCCCAGCCUUCUCUGCUGAAGUGGAGGAGGAGAAUGACCCAGGCAGAGAGGAACAUAAUGAGGUGGGAACCAAACCUGUUGUCAGAGAGUUCAGGUGUGAGGUAAGCGACUGCUCUCACAUCUUCCAGGAAGUUACCGGCUUGAUACAGCAUUACAUGAAGCUUCAUAACAUGACCCCAGAGCAAAUUGGAAACAUGAAACCAGCUCCAGAAGUGGGAAGGUUUUCCUGCGAUCAGUCUCAGUGUAAGUCCUCAUUUACAGCUUAUCUUAACUAUGUUGUACAUCUUGAGGCUGAUCACGGCAUUAAGAUAAAGCCAAACAAAGUAGAAGAUGACGGCGUAUUCAGAUGUGACUGUGAAGGCUGCGACCGUGUUUAUGCUACUAGGUCUAACCUCUUGAGGCAUAUUUUUAACAAACAUAAUGACAGGCAUAAGGAUCAUCUAAUAAGACCGAGGAGACUGACACCAGAUCAAGAAAACAAUUCAAGCAACGCAAAUCAGGAGAAACCACUGAAGUCCAAACAGAGAGUACUAAAAAACAGAUCGGGAAAAGAAUGUAACAGGCUGUCGGGGAAAACAAAACUGAAGAAAAACCUGAACUUGGACAACAAAAACUCAAAAGGAAUCCAAGUUGAAGAAAAUCAGGGUUAUUCACUGAAACGUGGCAAGCAUGUGUAUUCCAUAAAGGCUAGAAAUGAUGCCUUGUUGGAAUGUACAAGCAGGUUCAUAACUCAGUAUCCGUGUAUGAUAAAAGGAUGUUCGUCUGUAGUUACAAGCGAAAGUAACAUAAUAAGGCAUUAUAAAUGCCACAAGCUGUCCAAAGCAUUUAUUUCCCAACAUAGGGAUCUUCUUAUUGUAUCAAAAAAGCUCUCUGUCUUGCCAGUAAAGGAAGACACCUGUGAGCAAGAGGAGACUGAUCAAAAAAGUGACGUGACAGAGCCUAAACCAAAUUUGAUUGUGAGCAAUAAUGACUCAAGCACGACUACAUUACCACAAAAGGAAACUGACAAAAGUGAAAAGGACGAAGUGGAUGAACUGACAGAACUAUUCAUUACUAAACUGAUUAAUGAGGACUGUUCAACUGCUGAAAAUAAAGCAAAAAUCUCUUCCAGUGUAAACAGGGACUUGCCAGAGACCAACUCCUGCCCCUCAGAAAAGCAAAAAAUAAACUUAAAAAGAGCAAACAAAGAAAAAAAUGUAUGUCAGAGUAAGAAGAGGAAAGUUGAAAAACUGGAGGAAGUGCCGCCCGCUGACAUGAGCAGCAUGCACAGGGAGGAGGAGACUGCUGUAGCCAUUCAAACAGCUGAAGAGCAACCUGCAGCUUUUGACUGGAGCUCCUUUAAACCAAUGGGAUUUGAAGCAUCAUUUCUCAAAUUUCUUGAAGAGUCUGCUGUGAAGCAAAAGAAAACCACAGAAAGAGACUGCCACAGCACCGGAACCAAAAAGGGAUCCCAUUCAAAUGCCCGAAAACACAACGAGAAGACCUCUGUAGCAAGUAACAAUGUCACUUGGUCAAAUUCCGAAAAUGAAACUCUCAUACCGUUUGCCAACCCAUCACAGCUUCCCUGCGGUAACAACGUAAAGAUUGUUUUAGACAAGACUUUUGUACAGACUGUUUUACAGAAUACUUCUAAAGACUGCACUCAGCGUAUGUUGCGGCAGCUUCAGGAAAUGAAACCUGUCGUGGUACUGAGAAGGACCGAAGGACGCUGGGAGGAUAAUCCAGAGGUUUUAGCUGCAAAAGUUACUGUGAAGGGUCCCAAGGAAGGGGAGUCAAAAUACUGAAAAACUAAUGUGUUUAACUGUGACAUGUAAUAACAUUUAUUUUGACUAGGAAGCCAUCAAGCAUGUUAGUAACUGUGGACCUUUGAUUUUGAAGUGAUUAGCAAAAAACAUGACAUGAGUCAUGUAAGUGUCUUAUUUCUUUUUAUCCCUAUGGGACUUGAAGAACAGAGUAAUUGCUUCAGCUUUGUAAAUAUUCCAUCAAAACCUCAGCUUUAUAUCAGAUUGUCCUUUCCAUGAACUAAAUCUUUGUGACUUGUCUGUGAUUGUUCUCUUUCACCAGGUUAUUGUUCAUGUAUAACAGUACUCUUUAUUAUUUGUAGAUACAUUUCUUUUUAGUAUAUAUUUAUUAUUGUAAAUCAUCUGCUGCCACCAGCAGUCUAUAAGUCUAAACUAUUAAAUUACACAUUUAUAUUUGGAAUUUUAAUUUGUAACUAAGUAAGUAAGUUUUUGAAACUGUUCUUUAGUCAUUUUAAAUUAAGAACUUUUAAACUAAAAUUAGCUAAGUCUGCCACAUCCAGUUUUAUUUUGCAUAAAGCAUUCAUUUACCGGAGAGAAGCUGGAUACAACCACAUUUCAUAAGUUAAACAUACUGACACCCUCUCAUUUUCGUAAAUUAUAACAUCCAGAAUCUAUGGGUGAUAUUCAUACGUAGUUAACACAUAAAUAUAAUAGUUUUCUUAUAGGUACAUUUUUCAUUGCUUUUAAUUGGAUACAAAGCAUUUAUGAUUCCGUAAUAAAAAUUGAAAUGUGAAUAAAAAUAGUUUGCUACAUUGGAGAUCUAAAACAAUAUUUGGUAUUAAAGAAUCCAUUGUGAAUGUUAUAGAAACUUAGUAGUGUGGAGCAGUAUCUAUAUUUGAGGUGGUGAUUUGUGAAGUAGCCCAGUAUUGCCUUAAAUAAAAACACAUUUCAUUUCUUAUUUUA